AUGUCGGUCGAACGACUUCUGACCAAUGUUCUUCGGUUAUACCAGGACGUCCAUGACGAUGAUCGCACCGAACAGUUAUACUCGACCACCACCACGCUGCUGACCCACCUCUCCAACCCGCUCAACAUCACCGUCCUCACCUCGCAACUGCUCAAUGCGCCAGCAAUAUGGGAGCGCGGCGAUGGCAUGAGGGCCUGCUACCGCGUCAUCAGUAUCUUCAACAGCGCUGCCACCCACGUCCGCAACAAGGAGGGAUCUCAGGCAGGACCGCCGGUGCCACAGGCGCCACGCACAGGUGGUGGAUUGUCGUGCGAUGACUGGGUAUCAGCCGUCCUCAAGGGCGCAGACGACAAGUCCAGCAGGUGGCAGCAUCUGCUUGUCUUCUGCGGUGUUCUCCUUGGCAUGACAAGUCAGAAAGAUCCCAGGAAUCGCCAUGGCCUGAGCUACUCGAUGCGCAAUACCGUCGAGCAAGCCUUCGUCACCGCUGUCAACCUUGCCCUCCGCCCCAAUGAGCAACCACACGGACAACAACGCGAACCAGAGCCCCCUGCUCCCCCAGGCCCGAUAGCGCUGGCCCUCACCUACGCCUUCCCGCUACUUUCAAAGUCCUCUCGCCUCGCCCUGGACUGUGACGCUAUCGUGCCCGUUGCUCUGAAUGGCAUGACUGGCGCAGAUGGCUUGCAAGACGGCCUCUUCCUUUGCACUAUCGAUGGAGAUCUCAAGCAAUCAGGAAACCACUUUACUUGGCAAGAGAACUCCCCAUCGGCUCUUCUUCUUCGCCAGCUUGAGCAAAAGCCGUUGGUCAAUGGACUUGGACCUCUGUCAAAGGUCGUUGGAUUUGCCAUCGAACAUGCGCGUGAUACCAACGUUGUCUUGCAGGCUCAGAAUGAUCUGCUCACGUUUACCCAAAAGCUCCUGCACGAAUGGGAGGCUAGCAAGCUCUCGGAAAUCGAAAUCUCCGAGGAGGAAGUAUACCUCACCCAAGAGACUCUACAAGGUCCUUGGGUGGCUCUGUGGACGCUCUUGAGGAAGGUCAUGUAUGGCUCAGUAGCUGUGUUACAGACCAUUGUGGCUCGCAGUCUGCUCGAUCCUCGGAUGAGGAAUGAUGCCAUGGCACCCGUCGUGGCCAGCAAGACCCUCAAGGCCCUCCGCUACCUCUACUUCAUCUCGUCUCGGAACGGAAGCGAUGCCUUCCAGGUAUACACCUUCACGUACCUUACGUCCGUUGACAACCUGGCGAGGUACUCGGACGCCUGUGCCAGCUUUCUACGCGAUACGAAGCCACUUAACCCGGGCACCAUUCCUCCACAUCCCCUUCACAGAACCCUGGACUUGUUCUACCUGAACGUUGCCGAACACCUCCCCCUUAAGCUGACACCCGAGGACUGCGACUCGCUCAUUGUGCAACCGGCCAUGGCCUACCUGACUCACUCAACCCCCCUCUCGCCACGCAUGCUCGAGUUGUUCGAGGCAGCACACAGCGCCGUCCUUUCGGUUCUCUCGUGCCCACACAACGCACCCGUCACCGUAAAGCUCGCCCCUUUCUAUGCCGAGGCGCUGUUCUCGGCCUUCCCCACGCACAUUUCACCGCGCCAAUUCCGCCUGGCCUUCAAGACCUUGAUGCAGAUCCUUUCCCCCCCGUACCCCAUUUCGUCAACCCACCCACAGCUGGCUGAGACACUUUUAGAGAUGGUCCGUUUCCGCAUAGGUGUCGCAAGCAAGGUGCCAUUGCCGCCUCCUGAAACCCACGUCCCAUCGGCCACUCCCGAGCUACCCGUGUCUGAACAGAGUACCUUGGUGAUGACCUUGAUAGAUUCUCUGCCGUUCCUCCACCUCCGGAUCUUUGAGGAUUGGCUAACCCAGGCCGCUCAUGCUGUGAACCAGAUCGAAGACGUGGCUAUGAGGGAGGCUGCCAAGAGACGGUUCUGGGAGAUCCUGGUCAGCGGAGAGAUGGACGUCGAGAGAUCGGCUAUUGGUGUUGCAUGGUGGGGGACAAAGGGAGGCAGGCAAGCCGUUCUCUAUGGAUCUCAAGGAGGACUUCCUGACGUGCCCAUGAUGAGUGGUGCCAUUCAGAACAACAUGGACCGAGCCAAGCUCUGAUUGUCUGUGUCUUGUGUUUUCCUCCUGCAUAUGGAAUAAUGACAUUUUUCUCUUUACUUCAGUAAAAGGCAUGGAAGUUCUCAGUUCUCAAAAUAAUACGUCGAUA